UAUACCACCAACCAGUAAAUCAUAUAAACAUCGUAGUACAUCACUUUGGAUCUCUGAUUCUCCCUUGAUCAUGCCCAUGGAUGCCUUGCUAGCAGCCUUCUCACCGGACAUUUCAGGUCACGACGGGCUUCAGACUUCCUUCGCAGAUACAGGUGUGCCAACAUUUGCGGAACACCCUCACGAUGCGGCGUCGGAGUUCCUGAUGCUGCCAGGCCAGAAGAUUCACCACACGGCACUUGCCACGUCGCUCCUGGGCUCUCCCCAUGGAUUUGCGCGGAGGCUGGCGACCAAGGCAGUGAACAAGGCUGCUUGGUUUCAUGACGCAGUGGUAGACUUUCAGGAGACGGAAUUCUUUUGGCAGGCACAAAAGUUUGCCCGUCGUCACGUAGUGGCUGAGGCGUUCGGCUUGGGAGUGGUCACCGGUGGUGUGUUGCUGCUAACUGCUCCACCCAGCGCAGCACCAAAGACGAUGAGGUCAGUUGCCCCGGCGCCGCUUUCGCAGGCCACUCUGACAGCUGGCCGUCACAAGGCACAACUUCGGAGUUGCCGAACUGGCGUGCUCCCAACGCUGCCAGUGGUCCGUGAAGAGGUGGAGGAGACCACUGAGGCCGAACAGUCGCUGGGCCAUUCCUCAGGUGAAGAGCUUGACGAGGCGGUGGAUGAUGAACUGUGACCAUGAAGACUGGACCAUGAAAUCCCAAGCCGAACGCUCGGUCAGCAGGUAAACUACAGUGUAGAGCAUCAGUUUCUGCAUGAAUACCUAAAUUUGGUGCAAUUCACCUUUUUUUGGAGAACACCAC